GCGGUGGACAAGUCCUAGUGGGAUACUGCUAGGUAUUCAGAUGUAUUUAACCUCCCUUUGGCAUAUUAAUGGACACGGAAAAUCAUUCUUAUUUGUUUAACACCUUUCGAUCAUGGUAUCAGAGCCUUAAUAGGCGUUGCCACGUUAUCAUGGCAAAAAGGGGUGGCGAGUUUAUGAUCUCGAAACCAAUGAGUUCUUCGUUUCCCGGGAUGUCCAGUUUUGUGAGAAUAUAUUUCCUUUUGCUGAGUCACCUGGUGAUGAAAAUGUGUAUCCAGAAAAUCUCACUGAUCUGCCCAUUGACAAGUUUGACCAAUAUUUGUCUGGUCCGGCCACGCAAUCUGUCGCACGAUCACAUGAUCCUUCUUCGUCUGGUCUGCUGCCUUCAGCUACUGCACCAUGCGACGCACCAACAACUUCUGCUCCAAAUGUUGCUCCCUCGUCAUCAAUUGAUCCUGUCAUGGGUCGGGGUCAGCGUUCCAAAUACCCAUCAGUCAAGCUUCGAGAAUUUGUUACUCAUACGGUUGCUAGUAAAAGUCCAUUCCCUUUGUCAUCCACCUCUCAGCUCUCUUCAGGUACUCCUUUUCCUUUAGCACAUUACAUUAAUUGUGAUAAUUUUUCUAAGCGGCACCGGGAGUUUCUUGCGGCUGUUACUACAGGUAUUGAACCUCGUACGUUUGCUGAAGCCAUGAAAGACGCAGGUUGGCGGCAAGCUAUGCAGUCUGAGAUUGCAGCUCUUGAAGAUAAUAGCACCUGGGAUUUGGUUCCUUUGCCUCUUGGUAAGCACGCGUUGGGCAGCAAAUGAGUGUACAAGAUCAAAUAUAACUCUGAUGGUAGUGUUGAACGUCUCAAGGCACGCUUAGUUAUUCUUGGGAAUCACCAAGUUGCCGGCAUAGAUUACAAUGAAACAUUUGCCCCUGUUGCUAAAAUGGUAACUGUACGUGCUUUCUUGGCAGUUGCUGUUGCUAAGAAUUGGGAGUUGCAUCAGAUGGACGUACAUAAUGCUUUUCUUCAUGGUGAUCUACAUGAGGAAGUCUAUAUGAAGUGUCCGCCUGGCUUUCAACCUUCCUCUCCAAAUAAGCUACCUGCCCGAUUGAACCACAUCAUUCUCUUGCUCGUGCCACUGGUGAUCUUCUUUCUGAUCCAGAGCCUUAUCGUCGCUUGGUAGGGCGACUGAUCUACCUUGCUAUCACACGACCAGACUUGUCCUACUCCGUUCAUAUUUUAUCCCAAUUCAUGAAUCAACCACGCACAGAUCAUUGGAUGGCUGCCUUGCGUGUUGUUCGCUAUUUGAAAGGCACUCCUGGACAAGGUAUUUUACUUCAUGCCGAUAGUUCUCUUUCUUUGACUGGUUGGUGUGACUCAGAUUGAGCGGCCUGUCCACUUACUCGCCAUUCUCUUUCUGGUUGGGUGGUCUUCUUGGGCCAUUCUCCUGUUUCCUGGAAGACUAAAAAGCAAGUCACUGUUUCUCGUUCCUCCGCAGAGGCUGAAUAUAGGUCCAUGGCUGCCGCUACUUGUGAACUUAAAUGGUUAAAGGGUCUUUUAUUGAGCUUGGGGAUUCGCCAUACUUCUUCCAUACCUCUUUACUGUGACAGUCAGUCCGCUAUUCAUAUUGCUCAGAAUCCGGUUUUUCAUGAGCGUACCAAACAUAUUGAAGUGGACUGUCGAUUUGUUCGUGAAGCUAUUCAAGAUGGUCUUAUUUCUCCCUCAUAUGUUCCCACUACUAUGCAGUUGGUUGAUAUUUUCACCAAAGCUUUGGGCACGACUCAAUUUCAUUCUUUACUCUCCAAGUUGGGCAUUUGUGAUCUCCAUGCACCAACUUGAGGGGGGGUAUUGGGCUGUAUUGGGCGGCCUGUUACGGCCUGUUAGUCAUACCACUUCUUAUUUUAUUAUUAGUCAAACUCUUUUAUUCUUAAUGUAUUUCUUUAGUCAAUAAAACCGCAUGUGUGCGAUGGACAAGUCCUAGUGGGAUACUGCUAGGUAUUGAGAUGUAUUUAACCUCCCUUUGGCAUAUUAAUGGACACGGAAAAUCAUUC